CCACGACGGAGCCCGGAAGCGACCGAAGACGGCCGAUCGGCGCGGCCGACAGAAUCGCCUGAAAAGCUGGCCGUGGAAUCACACGCGUUUGGACUUGUGACCACACAGCAUCUGGUCCAGCGAGCUCUAUGGACACACGCGCGCCGCUCUGACACUUCCGGUUUGCCAGUUGUCGCGGCCGAUGCGAUCUCGGACGGGUCUGGUGGUGUUUCUCGACAGUGUGGUGUUCCUUUCAGUGACGAUGAUCUAGUGGCCAGGAUGGACUAAGUUUUUUUUACUGGUGCGGGCGCAAGGACAAUUCAACGUUUUCAAAAUGAGAAUCAAAAUGCCAGCGGUCAGGAUCGCACAAGCAGACGCAGACGGCGUAGAAGGAGACCCCCACCAAGACAUCCUCACAUGCGGGGUGUGUCAAAAGUCCUUCGCACUCUCGGACAUCGUCCGCUUCAUCCAGCACAAAGUCACCGCCUGCAACAAGGAGAACUUCGCACAGUGCUACCCCAACAACGACAGGGAGCGCGACAACGACGAUGGCACGUUGCCCCUAUCCACCAUCAACACCAGGAGGCCGAGCAUCUCGGCGCCCAUCUCCGGGAAGAAGAGCGCCGGCAGCAGGGUGCACACCCCGCCGCCGGCGUCGCCGAGACUGCCCGCCCCCGGCGAUCUCUGCGUGGACGGUGCUGCUUCCUCGACUCCCAAGAGGAGGGCCUCGUCACCGCUGACGAGUUCGAGCCUGGAAGAAGACAUAAAGCCGAAUAUUAAGCAGGAGAAGAUGGAUACGACGAUGUCUCCGGAGGAGAAUAGCUGUAAGAGGUCGAGGACUGAGGUGGCGGACGCGGAGUCGAAUACGACGCAUAGUGAACCUAGCAACUACGUGUGCAGCACCUGCAAGGCGCGCCUUCACUCAGCAUGGAGGCUAGUGCAGCAUGUCCAGCACGCCCACGGCAUUAAAAUCUACGUGGAAAGUUCGCCCACCAGCUCGAAAGGUACCAGCAGUAACAAUCACAGCGGCGCCAGUUCCGUCAGCAACAGUUCCUCGGGCUGCUCCUCGGGAGGAGCACCUCCACCUCCCCCAAAUAUGAGGCACCAUCUCCUGCCGCCUCCGGACCUACACAACCCUUUUGGAGUUGGAGGUUUGCUUAGGCUUCCAUUACCACCACUUAACCAUGGACCGGUACCUCCAGCGCCCCUCUUUUCAAGACCAGAACACCAUUACAGGAUCGACCAGUUAGUCAGCGAACAAUUCCGCCACCACGGUCUGAAUCUGGCGGCGGCGGCCGCCGCCGUGGCUGCCGGAGGGGUACCACCCCCACAUUCAAGCUUCCCCUCGCCUGCGGAACGUGCCGGUUCCGUUAGUAGUCUUCCAUCGAGGGAGAGGAGCACACCCAACCAACCCUUAUCUUUGGAACCCCAGCUGGAUUUUUACUCGCAGCGGUUGAGGCAAUUGGCAGGCACCACCAGCCCGGGGGCGGCGCAGGCGAGCUCGCCGUCACCCCGCAAGCACUCACCGCCUUUCGCAAGUCCUUCCCCUUCCCAGCUGCCGCCCACUUCUAUCCCCAACAACAUUAGUUCGAGCAGUAGCAACUGCAACAACAACAAUAAUAAUAAUAACAACAGUAGCAACAGCGGGAACAGUAGUCGGCCCCCUAGUGUUUCGCCCCCCAGUAACAAAGGAGACGAUCAGAUCACGAAUACUCCCAGAUCUGCCUCGACACCUCCAGGAAAACCUGGCUCGCCGAGGAACUCUAACUCCGCAGAACCCAUCCACGCUUGCGACUACUGCGGGAAGAAGUUCCGCUAUCAAAACAACCUGGAGGUUCACAGAAGAACGCACACGGGAGAACUUCCUUACAAGUGUAGCGUAUGUGACCAUGCGUGCUCGCAAAGUUCUAAACUGAAAAGACAUAUGAAGCUGCACAGAACUCCCGAAGAUCGCACUAGUAAUGCAGGGUCAGUAGAAACACUAGAGGGUGAUGAAAGUGAGGACGAAGACGAGAUGGACGAUGAAGAGGAAGAGGAAGAUGAAUUGGAAGAAGAGGAAGCGGAAGACCUAAGCGUACCCAGUCAAAUGUCAAAAAACGAGGCUAAUCCAUCAGCUUCACUAGUAGGUGAACUGAUGGAUAAAUUUGGUUUAAGCAAUAUUGCCCAGUACAGCGAAGCUUACAAACAAGCGCUUCAGGAAUCCAACACAGCUCUUAAGCUUCAACUAGCUAGCAAAGACAGGGACAACAACAACACCAGCUUGAGCCAACUCAAAAUCAGAGACGAUUUCGCCAAAGGCUUGUUACCAGUUCCUCCACCACAACCCCUACCACUAUUUCCCCCCUUCAACGACUCCUACGAAGCUAGUAAGAGGAUGAAACUGGACCUGGAGCGCACCGACUGGUGGUUGCCUGGUUUGCCUAGAGAGAAUAAAGGAGUUCCAGGUCCCAGCGCGCUUUUACCCAACCCCCUACUAAAGAAGGAAUCCCGACGCAACGACACUUGUGAGUAUUGUGGGAAAGUGUUCAAAAACUGUUCGAAUUUGACGGUGCACAGGCGCUCCCACACGGGGGAGAAGCCCUACAAGUGCGAAUUGUGUUCCUACGCGUGCGCGCAAAGUUCUAAGUUGACACGACAUAUGAAGACCCAUGGCAGGAUCGGCAAAGACGUGUAUAGGUGCCGGUUCUGCGAGAUGCCCUUCUCUGUACCCUCCACGCUGGAAAAACACAUGAGGAAAUGCGUGGUGAACCAGGGCAAGGGCCACCUCCUGGGCACGAUGCCCAUGCUAAGCGGCGAUGAAGAUUCCUCGACGAGUAUCACUUCCAAAGAGGCCGUAUGACUCUUUCCAUGGGGCGGCAUGAGGUUGCCCCCGCCGCCCCCCAGUUUAACGUACUAGUCCCGAUGAACUGUUUAGGAAAUUGUUGUUGUGAGCGGUGAUCUAGCCUCUGUUGGGAAGUCUAGUGUAGUUCAAUUUUCUGGUGGCCUAAAACUUGGACGGAAAUUUUUUCUCGCUUAAAUCGGACGUUUUGCGCCAGCUCAAAAUGAAAGUACCCUAGCGUUAUGGACGGACAUCUCAUGGCCUUGUUAAUUAUUAGAAAGGGUACACAGUCUUGCACAAUUUGCACUCGGUGGUUUUAAGGCGAAGAAAUUUAAUGGAUGCAGUAUAGUAGACAUUGACAUGAUGUUUAGUGUACCAACUAAAUGUUGUUUGUAAGGAUUUGUUAAGUUUAAAUUUACAUAUACACUAAACACCCUGUAUAUUUCAAAAAUGCGAUGGGAAAAUAUCACAAAUAUGUUUAUUUUGUAAGCAAUCAUUAAAUUUUCCGAAUAAGCCAAAACCAUUAGCAAAUCGUGCAAGACAUUUGUCUACGAAAUUAUUUAACGUAGCCAGGGUUGUCCAGUGUUAUUAAUGUAAGUUAUCUUGUAUAGUAUUAAACAUUAAAGGUGAUCCCGGCCGUAAAAAUGGAUAAACAGGAUCACGUUGUUCUUCGUAACUGAUACCAAAGCAAUGUUUAACUUUUUUUCAAGAUUAUUAUUGAUUAUUGAGUUUAUUAUUAUGUACUUGUAUAUUUGUAAUUAGAUUUAUAUGUUGAGACUGAGGGUAGAAGCCGUCGCUUGAGUAUUGGCGGAGUUUUCGCCCGCUGUACAUUCCCUAUCAUAUCAUUUUUGGCCAGUAAGCCGCAAUGUAAAUAUAUGGAACUAUUUAUUAUUGCCGUGUUAAAUUAGACCCAGUGUAUCAUACAGAGUUUCAAUAUAAGAUAUUUCGAAAAAC